AGGCCCGCCCCCGGCGCGCAUGCGCAGUGACGCCCCCCGAGAGGCCUCUUCUGCAAGAUGGCGGCCGCGGCCCGGGGCCUCGUCUCGGCGAUUCCGUGAGGGGAGCGCGGUGCCACCACAGAGGAGGAGGAGCGGGUGGUGAGCUGCUUCGCCGUGCGCAUAGGGGGGGUGGGCUCUCGUGCAAACACCUUUGGCCACCUCGACUUGGUGGCUGAGCGUGCUAGCACCCGGCCCACUACCCCCACCCCCGGCACGGCCCCGGCACAAGGCGCUUUCCAAGCAGUCAUGUCGGGCUCGGCUUUUCCUCCGUCGCAAGCUGGCUUCGCCGCUGAGCCCGGACGCUACCCCACCGCCUCCCUCCAGUAUGGAUACCAAGCAACGCGGCAGCCACAGGAGUACAGCGCUGCUGAUUACCGGGUGCACGCUCAGGAUUUCGGCUCGCCACAACAGAGACGGCGGCCGUCCCUCCUCACCGAGUACCAACCGAGCGGAGAGAGCGGCAGGCCUCCCUACGCUGGCCAGGUCGGCACUGUGCAGGACACCGACAACCUCGACAUGAAGAGGCCUCGGCUGGAGCAGCCGCAAGGCCAGGAGGCGGCCAUGCAGCGCAGCACGCUGCUGCCCCCGACGCAGCCCGCGCUCGACGGAACGGCCACCAGCGUCGUCAGGAAGGAGGCGCUGUUCACCGGGAAGGUUGAGCCGGUCUCUCCGCCAGCAGCCCCGAUGGCACUCACGGAGGACGCGGACACUUCCCCGUCCAAGCUCUCCAAGGAGGAGCUGCUGCAGAGCAUGGACCGCGUGGACCGCGAGAUCGCCAAGGUGGAGCAGCAGAUCGCCAAGCUGCGCAAGAAGCAGCAACAGCUGGAGGAGGAGGCGGCAAAGUCUCCCGAGCCGGAGAAGCCCGUGUCUCCUCCGCCCAUGGAGUCGAAGCACCGCAGCAUCGUGCAGAUCAUCUACGACGAGAACCGCAAAAAGGCAGAAGCUGCUCACAAGAUCCUUGAGGGCCUGGGACCGAAGCUCGAGCUGCCCCUAUACAACCAACCGUCGGAUACCGUGGUCUACCAUGAAAACAUCAAAACAAAUCAGAUAAUGAGAAAGAAGCUCAUCCUGUACUUCAAGAGGAGGAACCACGCACGAAAGCAGAGGGAGCAGGAGCUGUGCAAGAGAUACGACGAGCUGAUGGAGGACUGGGAGAAGAAGGUGGAACGCAUCGAGAAUAACCCGCGGCGGCGCGCCAAGGAGGCGAAGACGCGCGAGUAUUACGAGAAGCAGUUCCCCGAGAUCCGCAAACAGCGCGAGCAGCAGGAGCGCUUCCAGAGGUCAGGGGCAGCGCAGCGGAGCCACACACACACGUUCACACGCUGUUACGUUACGGUCGGCCAGAGGGGUUCGGGUUUGCCUGCGACGGUAGCCCGGAGUGAGCACGAGAUGGCCGAGAUUAUAGACGGGCUGUCAGAGCAAGAGAACAACGAGAAGCAGAUGCGCCAGCUGGCGGUGAUCCCGCCCAUGCUGUACGACACGGAGCAGCGGCGCGUCAAGUUCAUCAACCGCAACGGCCUCAUUGAGGACCCCGUGAAGUUGUACCGCGACCGUCAGCUCCUCAACGUGUGGUCCGACCAUGAGAAGGAGCUCUUCAAAGAGAAGUUCAUUCAGCAUCCGAAGAAUUUUGCCCUCAUAGCCUCGUACCUGGAUAGAAAGAGCGUCUCGGACUGCGUACUUUUCUACUACCUGUCUAAGAAGAACAUCAACUACAAGAACCUUGUGCGGAGAAGCAACUGUCGGCGCAAGGGCAAGGGCACGAAUUCACAAGCUGACAGACAGUGGCGCUCCGGAAACUACUCCUCCGUGGACAAUGAUCGAGCAUCGCUGGCUCUGCGCUUGUGCCAUGGCUUUGCCUGUGCAGGUCGACUGUGCAGCAUGGCAGGAGCCAAGGCCUGUGACAACCAGACGAUAACGCGACCCGUGACGGAAGAGAAGGAUGAAAAAGAAAAGAAGGAAGAAAAGAAGGAAGACAGGGAACGGGAGAAGGAGAGGGAGAAGGAGGAGGAAAAGCCAGAGAAGGUGGAGGAGCGCGAGGAGCGCGAGGAGAGCCGAGAGAAGGAAGACGACUCGUCCAGGGAGAAGGAGAAGGAAAAGGGAGACUCCUCGGGCGAAGAAGGCGAUGAGAAGGGCCCGUCGGCCGGCAAGGGCCGAAGGACGGCGGGCGGCCUGUCGCGUCGGAAAGGGCGCAUCACGAGGUCCAUGGCCAACGAGGCUGCGGCGGCCGCAGCGGCGGCGGCGGCCGCCAACACAGCAGCAAGCACCACCCCCGAGGACCCCCCGCCCGCACCACAGCCGCCCCUGCCGGAGCCCGUGAUCGUCUCCACCUGUACCACUGCCGCUACUGCCACCGCCACCACCACUGACGUUGCUACUCCCGCCGGUGCCUCGCCCAUUGCCGCCAUCCCAACUACCAUAGCCACCGCCGUCACCGCCGCAGCCACCGGCACUGCUACCGCCACCAUCACCGCCACGACCACCCUUACCACCAUCAGCAUUGGCAUCACCCCCGCCACCGCCACCUCCUCCACCUCCACGCCACUGCCCGCAAUGGGAGCCAACGCAGAGCCUGUGGAGUCGUCACGCUGGACCGAGGAAGAGAUGGAAAUUGCUAGGAAAGGGUUGGUGGAGCACGGUAGGAACUGGCCAGCAAUUGCCCGAAUGGUUGGCUCCAAGUCGGAAUCUCAGUGCAAGAACUUUUACUUCAACUACAAGCGACGACACAACCUGGACGCUCUGCUGCAGCAGCACAAGGCCAAGGGGUCGCGGUGGAGGGCACGGGCCGAUCGCGAGCUGUCCCAGUGUGAGAGCGUUGCCUCCACCGUGUCCGCCCAGGACGACCAGGACGACGACGAUGACGAGUCCGGGGCGAGCGGCGACCAGAGCGAAGGCGGAGACAAUAACAGCUCGGACACGGAGAGCGCGCCGUCCCCCAUGGACACCACACGGCUCAAGGAGGAGGACGGCGUUUCCGGCGGCGCCGACUCCAAGCCGGCCAACGCCGGGGCCGUGCCGCUGUCUGCCGACAAGGAGGAUGCAGCGAAGGUGGAGGAGCCGGAGGAGCCAAUGGAGGUGGACUCCAAUGCCCCUGGGGCGCAGGUGAAAGCGGAGUGCAAGACGGAGGAGGAGGAAGAGGUGGAGCGUCCGGCGAAGGCGGUCGCCGCUGCAGACGUCCGGCGUCCCGUCGAGUUACUGCGCGCCAACGAGGAGGAGGGGGAGCUGGGGGAGCUGGUUCGCCGGCCGCUGGGCAGCGUCACGUCCAUCUCCAGCCACGAUUCGAGCGCCACCUGCAGUGCUGACGAGGGGGAGGAGACUGUGCCGGGCGCUGUGUCGCCCAAGCCGAGCCUCCUGUGCCCGCCACGCGCCAUGAUAAUGUCACCGCCCAUCAGGCCGCCCGCCAUGGACCUGCAGCAGCUGAAGCAGCGAGCGGCGGACAUCCCUCAUAUGAUGUACGCGGCCGGCCCGCCGAAGGCACAGGCGGACGCGCUCACCAUGUUCCAGCAGCAGAUCAAGGUGGUGGCGCAGGAGUCGGCGCUGGAGGACCCCGCCAGCGGCCACAGCCACGACGCAUCGGACGCCGGCGGCCUCAAACGCGAGUCGCAGGAUCCGGCGGGGGCCUCCCGGCGCGACUCCCUCGACGGGGAGCGGCACGGCAGCACCAGCCCCCGUUCGCUCAACCGCAGCUCCGCCGGCCUCGACAGAGACGGCCGCUCGGUGGCCUUCUUCUACCAGGACGCGAGUGGCGGAGCGGUGCCCUCGUCGUCUCCGUACCACGCGUUUGUCCGCGAGACGGGCAGGGCCGGCGAGCUCUACCUGCAGAGGCACCCCCUGCCAGGCUUGCAGCCGGCCCCGCACCUACUGGAUGUGACCCGGCAGCCCGUGCCACGGCCGGCGCGGCUUGGCGCCAUGCCGGGGCCCCCGCCACUCAUCCCGUCAGGGAAGCAGGCCGGCACCGCCGAGAAGCCCACGGUCAUCAUGGGCGGAGGAGGCUCCAUCACGCAGGGCAUCCCUGCGUACCCGUCGGGCGCGGUGCACGCGCGCGUCGCCUUCUCCACGGACCCGGGCAAGGUGGCUAUGGGCUCCAUCCUCAUGGGCACGCCGCGGCCCGCGGACGCCUCCAAACACGCGGCGGUGUCGGUCAUCAAGCAGGAGGAGCUGUCUCCACGCGGGCAGCCCGAGGGCCUGCACUCCCGCCAGAGCUCGGACCCCUCAAUCCUCAUAGCCGGGCCCUCGGCGGCGCCCAUGCAUGAGGGCGUCGUUUCCAAAGCGUCGGGGCCUCCGGCCAAGCUGUCGCUGGACUCCUCCGUGAACUACCGUGGCUCCAUCUCGCAGGGCAUCCCUGCGGAGGUGCUGUACAAAGGAACCAUCUCCAAGCUGGCUUCCAGCGAUGAGUCUGCCGGCUCUGACCGCGGGAAAUCGAGCCACCCAAUGUCCUACCCCUCUCUCCAGAAGAGCGCUGGCGAGGGCUCGCGGAGCCCCAGGGCCCCGCACGAGAUGGCGGGGAGCAAGCGCACAUACGACAUGAUGGAGGGCGACCUACAGAGGAUGCACCGCCUCGCCGAGUCCAACCCCUACGAAGGCCUGUACAGUCGAGCCCAGCACAGGGAGGGCGCCGGCGUCCCGGACAAUAAGGAGCGCGCAUCCGUCCUCGGGUCCAUCAUGCACGGCACGCCGCGGGCCCACGUGGAGCCGGAGGAGUUCCACCGGCGCGAGAGCAAGCAGAUCAAGCGCGAGGACAUGUCGCCCAAAGGGGGCGGCUACGAGGGUGUCCUCGGCAAGGGCAAGCCCUACGACGGGCCUCAUACCAUCAAGGAGACGGGCCGCUCCAUCCAUGAGCUCCCGCGAGCCGACGGCCGUAAGCCGGCCGAGACGGCGCAGCAACAGCAGCAGCGCCGCACCCCCGAGGUGAUCCACGCGCCGACGCGGGUCCUGCACGAGGGCUCCAUCGCACAGAUUGCUGGGGUUCAUGCUGGAUCAAAAAUCCAGCUUGCCACAGCUGUAAAUUAUGUGCUGGGCACGCCGGUGAAAUACGAGGGCAGCCUGAAGCACGACGUGAAGUCGCUGCUGGGCAGCCCGAGCCACCUGGCCCACGCCGGGCUGGCGCAGCACCUGCUCAUGGCGGACGGCGCUCGCGCCGCGGAGAGGGGGGGUGGCGUGGGGGGUGGCGACGCGUCCUCACGGCAGUCGGGCGACAGGGGGGCCGGCGGUGGCGGCAGCGGCGGUGGCCGCUACGAGGAGGGCAAGCCCGAGGACCUGUCGCGCCUGCGCUCCACGUCCGUAGUGAGCGCAGCGCCGGGUUCGUCGGUGCUGAGGGGCGGCCCCCAUGACGCCGGAAAGUCCCAGCUGAGCCCCGGCACGUACGAGGAGCAGCUGGCCACGAUGCGCCUGCCCGUCGGCUACCAGGGCUCCAUCGCUCGCUCGUCGCCCGCCCUCGUCCGCUCGUCUGAAGGGAGCAUCACGACGGGCAAGCCCGUGUCUCACGAGCGCAAAUCUACGCCCACGCCGCGCGACAACGCCGCGCCCAAGUCUCCGGGCGCGGUGCAGGAGCGUGCUGGCACGCACAGCCCCUACGACACAGCGAUGCGCGACAUAUACCGUGCGCACCUCCCGCUGGGCUUUGACCCCGCCAACGCCGUCUACCACCCGGCCUUCCUGCAAGCGGUUGGGCCUUACGCUCUUAACCCCGCAGCUCAGGGAUACUUGAUGGCGCGGCCUGGGACGGUGGGGGCCCGACAGCUGUCACCGGGCCCGGCCUACCCGGGUGCCUACCAGCUGUACCACCACCACCCGCACGUGUUCUCCGAGUCGGCGGCCGUCAUGGAGAACCGGCAGACACUGCUCAACGAUUACAUCACCUCGCAGCAAAUGCUGCGUCCCGAGGUGGGGGGCCGGGGGCUGUCCCCCCGCGACGUCCCCGUCACCGUCUCCGCCUACCCCCUCCACCCAAGCAUCAUCAACCUCGCCCAGAUGUCGCACCACCCCAUGCUGGUGCCGCAGUCCGGAGGCACCAGCACGCCGCCCAUGGACCGCAUCACCUACAUGCCCGGCACCUCGCCCGCGUUCAGCCGCCCCUACACCGCCUCGCCCCUCUCGCCCGGCGUGGACCCGACGGGGCUCUACGCCAAAGGGUCUCCAUCACCCGCGUCCCCGCGCCCCCGGGAGAACGUCAUCCAGAGGCCGAGCAUCGUGCAGGGCACGGGCAAGACGGUGAUCACGUCCACCGAGUCGCUCGUCCACUCACGGCCCGGGUCUCACGGGCUGGAGGUUUCGGCCAACGCCCAGGGAGGCGGGAUGCAGUCGCGCUCCAACUCGGAGCAUUACAAGGGCAAGGAGGGCAAGGCCGAGUCGUUCUCCGGGCGGAGGGAAGAGUACCCGUCGUCGCGCAGCAAGUCCCAGCACUCGGGUGCAGAACCCCAUGCGGCCGUCAAGUCUCACCACCCGUACCCCGACGGGCAGGCCGCUGCUGCCGCCGCCUUGUCGGCGCAACACGAAUCCUGGCGCCGGGUGGAGCUGGCAAACAGGCAGCAGGAGCACAGAGCUGAACACAGGACGGAACACAGGACGGAGCACAGGCCCGAACACAGGCCCGAAAUAGCGAGCUACCACACGUCGGUGCUGAGCACGGCGCAGUCGGUGCGCCCGCUGCCCUCGCUGUCGUACGCCUACAGCGAAGUGGGUGGCGGGAAAGAGCUGCGCACGGCUGCACACUACGCCGAGCAGCAGCAGCAGGCCGGCCAAAAGGACGUGCGCUCGCAGGCCGUGGCGCAGCAGCAGCAGUUCUCUGACGGUAGCGCUGGUAAACAGCGGGGUCAGGCCAUGCAGCCUAUGACUCAGUACCCCGACGUUAGCAACAGCAGCGGCAAGGAGCGACCACAGACUAAGCCCUUGUCGCGGCACGAGCAGGAGCUGCGAACCCAUGGUAAGACUACGAUGACGGCGGCAAGCUUCAUUGAUGCUGUAAUCACUCGGCAGAUUUCCACGCACGCUGUGCACGCCGCGCCUGGGGACGCCGCUCAGCAGCAACAGCAACAGCAGCAACAGCAGCAACAGCAGCAACAGCAGCAACAGCAGCAGCACCGCUACCAGAUGGGGGGCGCGGAUGGCAUUGAGAUCAUCAGCCCCCCGUCGACGCCGACGCCGCCACGGCACGAGAUGCCCAGGGCGCAGCGACAGCACAUGGACGCAGCGUUGGCAGAAGGAGGAGGAGGGCAGCCGUGGCUGCAAGAGGGCCGGCCCCACCACCCCGAGUCUGGGCGGAUGCAGCACCGAGUCAUUACCUUGGCCGACCACAUUCACGAAAUCAUAACGAAAGAUUAUCAAAGCGUCGGGGCGCCUCUUUCUCAAGCCACUUCGCAGCAAGCGCAAUACUUAUUCCCUGGGUCGGGCCGGCUCAGGCCUGGCAAGUCUCCAGAGAGGAGUGGGAUUUCCCCAGCCAACCCCGAGGUGCUCAUCGAGCCAAUCUCACCCCCGCAGCAGCAGCAGCUGGCGGGCUCAGAGCGCUCUGACGGCGCCCCCAGCCUGUCCCAUCGCGACGGGGACGACCACGGGUCGUCCGCCUUGAGGCAAGGCUCGCCGCACCUCGGCAUGAGCGUGCCAGCUUAUUUCCGCAACCUGGACGAGAACAGCUCGGCCAUCGUGAAGACCAAGAAGCAGGAGAUAUUCCGCAAGCACAGCUCGGCGGGCAGCAGCGGGGAGCCUGAGAUGGCAGUGCAGCCGGGCACGGAGAUUUUCCACAUGCCCGUGACCACGUCCUCAGGAGCAGUCAGCUCUAGGAGUCAUUCCUUUGCAGAUUCUGUGGGGCCCAUGGGCCUGGAGGCCAUCAUUAGGAAGGCCCUCAUUGGCAGCUUUGAGGAUCAGAGCGAGGAGGCCUCGGCCAUGUCGGCGGUGGCGGCGGCCGGAGUGGGGGUCAUGCCCGGCCUAGCGGGGGUGUCGCCUGCGCUAGAUGGACGAGGCCAGCAGGCCCUCGGCCCCUCCCCUUCCUCCUCCUCUGCACAAGCGAGCUCUCUCAAGGUGAAGCUGCCAAGCAGGCCCAGUGCCAGGAAGGCCAAAUCUCCAGGGCCGGCACAGUCAUACGCGGAGCGGCCCUCAUCGGUCUCCUCGGUACACUCGGAGGGCGAUAACAACCGCAAGACUCCGCUCACGCACCGCGCCUGGGAGGACAGACCCUCGUCCACGGGAUCCACGCCGUUCCCCUUUAACCCCCUGAUGAUGCGACUGCCGAGCAGCACGCCCCCCUCCGCCCUCACGCAGGCGCCGGCCGCCGUGAGUCAGGUGGCCUCGCCGGCGCCACCACCGCCGCCGCCUCCUCCUCCGCAGCGCACGUGGGAGCGGGAGCCGGCGCCGCUGCUCUCCGCUCAGUACGAGACGCUGUCGGACAGCGACGACUGAGCCCCCGCUCGCUCCUUCGCUCGCUCGCUCCUCCUCCGCCGCCGCCCCGUGGGGUCGCCCGGGGGUCACCCGCGCGGACGCCGAUCUGCACGACGACCGGAAAAUACGCGCUUCACACGAAACCACGUUCAUUUCCGAAAGCUGAAUGAAACCCCCGCCGCAUGUGCGAUGCUCGUGCCGGCGCACGGGGGGCUCGCCCGCCUCGCCCGCCUCGCCCGGCUCCUUUAAUGCCAAAGCAAAGCGCCGUCAAGACUCCGGCGAUGAACAGGGUGCGUUGCGGGCAAGCGUCUGCGCCGAAGCUCCCUCCGGGACAGUCACAGCGCAAGCCCCCUUCCCCCCCCCCCACCCCCUCUCUGCGGCGCUAGAGGGUGGCACCGAGCAGGCGUCUCGUCCUACCCGGAGACGCGGUCGCCGCCUGCUCGUCCAGACACAUCUUCAGAUUAUAUAUUGGGUCAAAAAAGUAUAAAGUACAGCUUAGUUUUGUAUUUGUAUAUACGUGUAUCUUUUAUCUUGUUUUCUUUUUCAUACGGUCUUUCAUGAAUUUAUUCAGAGCUGACUGCACACGUUAUUGUACCUAAUAGCAACUGUACAGGAAAAGCAAAGCGGCACCCGGUUUAGUUGGCGUCGAGCGUUUGUGUGAUGCCCGUUGGUAUGACGCGCUCCCCGGCCGGGUACUAUGUCUGCUGUGGAGAUGCGCUAACGCGUCAAUCGUUGUUUUUAGAGUUCUCUUUAAUGACCAACGCACCUCCAUCGCAAGACAUGUUCUUGUUCGGAACUCUUUGCCGCAGGUCCACCCUCAUUAAUUAGCCGACGUGAUCUCGUUAACAUUGGAAUGUAAAUUUAACACUGGACCCGAAGCCACCUGAUCACAAAGCCAAACUUUGGAGAAGAUGAAGAAGAGGAGGAGGAGGAACAGGCGCAUAGCAGCACUGCCUGUAUUUCUGUUUUUACUCCGUGACGUCGCUCAGCCCGGCCUAGACAACGUGAAGUGGAACCCAGGCGCAGACGCGAACCUCUCCCCAACGGCGUACCCUCUGUGUCUCGUUUUUAUUUUGCUGUAGUAAACGUGAUGGCGAAGAUGGCUUGAUCCACGUAGUGUUUCAUCUGACGUAAUAAAAGGUUAACAUUUUAUACGUACACCGCGAGACCGUGACUGGGACUGACGACGUGGGGCGGUUGCCGAGCCUCGUGGCUCACGCUUCUCUGCCGGUGUGUGACGGCCCCGCCAGUGUCACGGCCCCGUCGGUGUCGCGGCCCCGUCCGUGCCAUCUGGGCAACGAGCGAUAAAACGCAAAGCUUUGCCAGGGACACGUUGGGCAGUGGGGUACACGAGCACAAUACCAGCUACAACACCCGUCUGUUAAGGGAAGCCUCCACUUAAGAUAUUCUUAGGCUAUAUUCUUAUAUCUGUAAAACUUUCAAUUUACGGAUACUUCACAUGUAGCAGCAAUAUUUAGGACAUUCCUGCCAUUGGCCACGCAGUGCCACGGAAACAUGGGGGGACGCACAGACACCGCGUGGGUGGGCCGUGAUCUCGGUUCCCACGUGCAAUAUUUUUUUUACCCCAGAUGUUUCCAACAGGUGGCAGGCGUAUCACGCGAUCAAGCGGGGGGACGCCCUUGCAGGACCGCACAUCAGCAGAGCGGCGAGCCGUUGACGUGCGUUCACGGAGACGCCGUGUGAUGGCAGCAGUGUAACGUUUACAAGCGUGCGGAACGGAUGCGAUCGCCAUGGUGUUGAGCGAUGAUGAACGUGACGAUAAAAAUGAUGAUAAAAUU